CGCAGAUCCUCCCUCUGCGUUCCGGCACCGCCCUGUCCCAAACUCCUUUGCGGGUAAACAGACAUGGCCGGCGAAGGAGAUCAUCAGGACGCUGCGCACAACAUGGGCAACCACCUGCCGCUCCUGCCUGCAGAGAGUGAAGAUGAAGAAGAUGAAAUUGAAAUGGAAGUUGAAGACCAAGAUAGUAAAGAAGCCAGAAAACCAAAUAUCAUAAAUUUUGACACCAGUCUGCCAACCUCACAUACAUAUCUGGGAGCGGAUAUGGAAGAGUUUCAUGGUAGGACUCUGCAUGACGAUGACAGCUGUCAGAUGAUUCCAGUCCUUCCUCAAGUGAUGAUGAUCCUGAUUCCUGGGCAGACAUUGCCACUGCAGCUUUCUCACCCGCAAGAAGUCAGUAUGGUGCGGAAUUUAAUUCAGAAAGACCGAACCUUUGCCGUUCUUGCAUACAGUAAUGUCCAAGAAAGGGAAGCACAGUUUGGGACAACGGCAGAGAUAUAUGCUUAUCGAGAAGAGCAGGAGUUUGGAAUUGAAGUAGUGAAAGUGAAAGCAAUUGGACGCCAGAGGUUCAAGGUCCUUGAACUUCGAACACAGUCAGAUGGAAUCCAGCAAGCUAAAGUGCAAAUUUUGCCAGAGUGUGUGUUGCCGUCAACCAUGUCUGCAGUUCAGUUAGAAUCACUUAAUAAGUGCCAGAUAUUUCCUUCAAAACCUAUGUCUUGGGAAGACCAGUAUUCAUGUAAAUGGUGGCAGAAAUACCAGAAGAGAAAGUUUCACUGUGCAAAUCUGACUUCAUGGCCUCGCUGGCUGUAUUCAUUAUAUGACGCCGAAACUUUAAUGGAUAGAAUUAAGAAACAGCUACGUGAAUGGGAUGAAAAUCUCAAAGAUGACUCUCUUCCUGCAAAUCCAAUAGACUUUUCUUACAGAGUAGCUGCUUGUCUUCCUAUUGAUGAUGUAUUGAGAAUUCAGCUCCUUAAAAUUGGUAGUGCUAUUCAACGACUUCGCUGUGAGUUAGACAUCAUGAAUAAAUGUACUUCCCUUUGCUGUAAACAAUGUCAAGAAACAGAAAUAACAACCAAGAACGAAAUAUUUAGUUUAUCCUUGUGUGGUCCAAUGGCAGCAUAUGUGAAUCCUCAUGGAUAUGUACAUGAGACACUGACUGUGUAUAAAGCGUCCAACCUGAAUCUGAUAGGCCGCCCUUCUACAGUGCACAGCUGGUUUCCUGGGUAUGCAUGGACCAUUGCCCAGUGUAAGAUUUGUGCAAGUCAUAUUGGAUGGAAAUUUACAGCCACCAAAAAAGACAUGUCACCUCAAAAAUUCUGGGGCCUAACUCGCUCCGCUCUGUUACCGACAAUUCCAGAGACUGAAGAUGAAAUAAGUCCAGACAAAGUAAUACUUUGUUUAUAAGCGCACCUCUAGGGAUAACUUCCUAACAUUGUUUCCUCAAGUCAGAUCUGCACCAGACAUCACUCCCUCUGAUGUGUGUGCUGGGUUACAGCAUUUGACUACCAAGUUCACAGGCAACUUGUUCAAGGGAUGAAAAAGCAGGAUAAAACAUAAGGUUGGAUUCAGAAGUAUCUGCUAGUAGCUUGGUGCUAU